GCAGGAUUCGUUGCACGAUUGUGUGUUUUUCACUGAAGCCUCCCUCAAUUUGAACACGAUACCACAUUGGUGUCGAAAAAUUACAUAAAACAGGACAGGAGAAACUACGAAGAAGGAAUAAAUGAAGUUUAUCAGCCACCAGCUUGUCAGCCAGCUUUUCCACAACAAGUUCAUUGUGGUGUUGGGAGACUCGAUUCAGCGGUCCAUCUACAAAGACCUUGUCGUGCUUUUACAGAAGGAUGAAUACCUCCACGCGGCCCAACUUAAAAGAAAGGGUGAGAUGAGCUUCGAGCAGGACUUUCUGGUAGAAGGAGGCUGCCUGAGCCAGAUGCACAAUGGAACGGGGUACCGUGAGGUCCGGCAGUACCAGUCCCCGCACCACCUGGUCCGCUUCUACUUUGUGACGCGCAUCUACUCGGACUACAUGAAGAGCGUCAUGGAGGAUUUCCGCCAUGGGUUGAAACCAGAUUUGGUCAUCGUCAACUCCUGUGUAUGGGACAUUUCAAGGUACCAUUCAAAAUGGGUGGACGGGUACAAGGACAACCUCAAUAGGUUCUUUGAAGAACUGCUUGGGAUCCUGCCAGAAGAAUGCUUGGUCAUAUGGAACCUCACCAUGCCCCUGGGAGAGCGCAUAAAUGGGGGGUUCUUGGUUCCUGAGAUCUCGCACAUGGCGUCCCAUCUGCGUCACGACGUGAUCGAAGCCAACUUCUACAGCGGAGUGCUGGCUGAAGCCUUCAAGGUGGACGUGCUGGACCUCCACUUUCACUUCCGCUUUUCCCUGCAACACCGCACCAAAGACGGCAUCCACUGGAACGCCCUGGCUCACCGCCAAAUAAGCACGCUACUGUCGCUGCACGCCGCAGACGCCUGGGGCGUGGAGUUGCCGCUUCGUUCUUUGGUCGACUUUUCGGUCGCCUGUCCACCGCAGGGCUCGGAAAGUACCGGUAAUCAACGUGAUGCGAGGCCUCAAAGAAUCACCUGGUCGCCUCGUCCUCGCCACCGUGGCUUGACGGACUUUGAAGCUCACCCGCCGCCAAGCUGGGACGAGCGUGCUGCUGACCACACACCUUACAGUCAUCGUGGCUCUCUACCAAACGAUUACAACGGCCCAUACGUGAUGAGGACGAGGCGCACCAGAUACCACUACAUGCCGUAUACUCAUCGCAGGUCCAACUACCAUUACUAGACUUCAUUCUCAUCUGCGUUGAAAUGCUUCUGAAGAAAGCGUGCUUCUCCGCGAGGAGAAAAUGUCCGUUUUGGGGUCAGUUCUCACACAAUCUCCACAUACAUUGAAUUUUUAGUGUAAGUUUAAUAUAUUCAGUUUUUAUUUUAUAAACUUGCGUUUCAUAUUAAAGAUGCCCUUCCAACAUGA